AUGUUUGGGGCGGCAAUUGUUCUGCCGGUCCUGUUGACGGCCCAUCUCGUUUAUGCGGCCGCUGUGAGACCACGACUUGAUAAUGGCGUGGCCAAAACACCGCCAAUGGGAUGGAAUACGUACAAUCACUAUUCGUGCUCGCCAAACGAGACAAUUGUCAAGUCCAACGCAAAAGCCCUGGUCGACCUGGGCCUUGCAGAUCUCGGCUAUCGCUAUGUGACGACAGACUGUGGCUGGACCGUCCGGGAUCGGACGGCCAAUGGGUCGCUGACGUGGAAUGAAACCCUCUUUCCCAACGGGUUUCCCGCGCUGGGGGAGUAUAUCCAUGGCCUUGGUCUGCUGUUUGGGGUCUACGAGGAUGCGGGCAUCCGAUCGUGCCAGAUUAACAUACAGCAGGCGGGAAGCUUGUACCACGAGGCCCAGGAUGCUGCGUUGUUUGCGUCGUGGAACAUUGAUGCUCUGAAGUACGACAAUUGCUUCUCCGAUGCGGCGACAGGCUAUCCGAACGUCAACUACGCGCCAAGCACCUCGCCAAGUGCUCGAUAUGCGAACAUGACUAAAGCCCUGGCAGCCCAAAACCGCGCCGUGCUCUUCCAGAUUUGCGAAUGGGGCGUCGACUUCCCGGCACUAUGGGCGCCGUUGCUGGGACAUACGUGA